AUGGGAAAGAAACGAAAGCUUCUUCGCAUAUCGUCACUAAGGAAACCAGACCAGAGACAAGAACUGCAACCUAAUUUUCCAUGCAGAUUCCAUUCACUCCCACAAGUCUUAGUAACUCAUAUUCUCUCAAGUCUUUGUUUCAAGACGGUCGCCAUAUGCAGGUGCGUUUGCAAAGCAUGGCUUUCUAUUACUUCCGCCCCCAAUUUUGCCCAUCUCCACUAUUCAAAAUCUAUCGGCACCCUUGGUUUUUUGAGCCAAGGCUUGAAUGUCACCUACAUAAAAGAAGCAUGUGCUGCUUCUGAUAAGUACAUAGAACUGACUUUCGAGGAUAUGUUAAGAGAGAGGUUUCCCACUUCUUUUUAUUCUCAGUUUAUAAAUUCGUGCAAUGGUUUCAUUUGUUUACAAGGAAAUCAAGGAAGGAGUAUUAUAGGUGAGAAGAGCUUUUAUGUGUGCAACCCGGUUACGGGCGAGUUCAUCACUAUCCCGCUACCUAAGGAAAAGUAUAUAGGAUCGGAUGCAUUUGUGGGACUUGGUUUUAGCGCUGUGACCAAUGAGUACAAGGUGUUGCAAACGAGCACCUCCGUUUACGACCAGGAGGAGAAAGAGGCUGAGAUAUAUACAAUCGGUAGUAGAGGAGUGUGGAGAAGUAUUGGAAAGGCUCCUGUGCAACCUGUUGAAUUACCUACGAAUUCUUAUUUGCACGGAGCUCUUCAUUGGGCUCCAUCGCUUUCAAUUUUUUCUUCUACAGGCGAGUGUAUACAUUCUUUCGACUUUGAAAAAGAAAAGUUUCGACGACUACCCCUACCAAGCUGCCUUGUACACGUGGAGGAGUCAUGGUCGUACGGGGAGAAGGCAUGGAGGUUGGGGGUGCUACAAGGUUGUCUCUUUUUAGGUGUGCCGGGUGAAGAUCAUUAUAACGAAUGUGACGUGUGGGUUAUGAAGGAUUACGGUGUUCAAGAGUCUUGGACUAAAGUUUUUGUUAUUAAAAACUUGCUCCUGGAUACAUUGUGUAGACCAUAUUUUGAACCGCUUAUGUUUUUGAGUGAUGGGAGCAUUCUAAUAUCAUAUUGUAAUGAAGUUUUGAUUUCUUAUAACCAAGAAACGGAGAGUUACUUGAAAAUCGAAGGUUACUUGGGAAGGAUAACUGCUUACCAUCCAAGCUUUGUUUCCCUUUGCACUGUUUCAAAUGGAGCGGAUGUUGAAAGGUACUACUUUUAG